AUGCCUUCGCAGGGCCAGGAAAAACGCCGACUAGCCACACAGGAUGCGCCCGUAAAACGCUUUCGUGUUUCCAGGGCGUGCGACCAGUGCCGUACCGCGCGCGAGAAAUGUGAUGGAAACCAGCCAAUAUGUCUGCCAUGCUUCGAGUUGAAGCGGGUGUGCACGUACACUUCAAACCCCCGGAAAAGAGGGUUGCAACCUGGCUACAUACGAAGCCUUGAAACGACCCUGGCAUUCGUAUUUCAGCAAAGCUCUGAGAUUGAAGACUUGGUGAACAGGCAGCUCGCGCAAGAAAACUCGGCUCUACUUGGAAGGGGUACCAAGGAAUCAAACCAGCUACACAAGAACUGGAGGAAGAGCAGAUUCUGCAGAGAUGUCACCAGGGCAUUGGCCGGAGAACAAAUUAGUUCCAGAGAUGAAAAACCGCCGAGUUCCGAUGAAGACAGUGAAGUCGAUGUGGAGGACGCAAGUCUUCUCAACAUGACGCCGAAUGCGCAACCCCAGGGGAGCGCGCCCUGGACCUCCGAUAUGAAUAUUCCACAACACCUAGCAACGCCUUCUGUAUCGGACCGCCAUCAUCCGAAGUCACAGCAACCGUCUCCCGGGCCGACACCCUUGCCAGCUGACUACUGGAAACUCCUUGAGACCUAUUCUUCGUAUACGCAGUGUUGGUUACCUAUAUGCGAGAACCUCGACGUUUUGAAAUUGUCGUACUCCUACCCAGAGCAAGGUCUUGUCCUGUCUCCUGAUAUGCCUAGUUCAGGACAUCAUGCCGAGAUGUGGAGCAUUUUCGCGGUUGGAUGUAUCCAAGACUUGUCUAGCGUCACGGGGGCUCGAGAGCGCCAUCGCGUCAUGACUCCUAAGAGGCUUUAUGAUAUUUCCCGGUUAUUAAUUCCAGAUGAACUAGGAAAGUUCGACCUGAAUCAUAUCAAGGCACUCCUCAAUCUCGCGGUUUUCAACAUUAGUAGGUCGCUUUUAAACGCCGCGUGGCUUCUUGUCGGUGCUGCCUCACGAAUAUUUCUUACGCUUGACGAAUCAUCAGAGGCCAACAGCCCUCGGCGUAAGAACGUUUUGGGAAGCUGUUUCCUGCUUGACAACCUCCUUUCUUUGCACUUGGACCGACGACCGUAUCUGGAAAAGUCCGAUCUUGCAUGGGUGGGCAAGAUUGAGGAGGAUGGCAUGGAAGAAUGGCAGCCUUGGGUUGGGGAUCUCAACCCAGGGCCAACGUCCCAACCCAAGUUGCCAACGCUAGCCUUGAGUAGUUUCAACAACCUCGUGGAAAUAGUCGACAUCCUCGUGAGCACCGCACGGAAACCAACUGCGAGGAACUUUCUUCACGAGAUGAUUGGGCGGCUUGAGAUAUGGAAAUCCUCACUGCCACCAAAACUCGAUUACAUCCGCUCCGACUCGGCUUCAACCCCAUUGACGCCACCCGCAGUGUUAUUACAGCUUACCUAUUUUGCCACUGCCUUUGCAUUGGUUCCAUCUCAGGCCUGGCUUCAGCGAGUAUUGGAGUUGCUCGAAGUGCUCAGAGAUCAGUUUGGAUUCGCAAAGGCACCCUCGAUUGUUAUCUGUUUGAUGCAAAAUAUCAAAAGAGGCACUAAUAGCCUGAAUAUCGAUCAGGCGAUCCGCAUACGAAUGCUCAAUCUCUUUUCAGACUUUGACCACGCGCGCGCUUCUACUUCGGGGGAAGUUCUGUUGAACUCGCAAAGCAUGCCGAACACUCUCGCCUACACUCCCCCGAGUUUUGUUCAAAUGCGCAAUCCCGAAAUGAUCCAGCCAUCUCAUCAAUCCUUUUCUCCUCAUAUUGGCGAACCGAUUCCUGAGCGAUACCCACCGCCGCCCGGCUCCUCUUCACUCCUCGACGACCUGCUGCCAGACAUGAAUUCCAACCAUCAACAGCACACUCUACAAUCCCUUAACACUCUACCUUUCAAUCUCGCCAACAGUGGUCCAACCAUUGAACGACCGCCACUUGACGCUUACGAUCCAUACAAUGCUUUUGUUUCGGGCGACCUAGAAAGCUUUUUUGAUGAACUUGCUUCACUUCAUGGUGACAAAAAAUUACAAAAUCAGCCUCAGUUCAUGCAGAAUCUGGGUUUCUCGUCAGAAGUAAGCAUGGCCGACCUACUGGCUGCGGAUGCGGGCCGCUUCAUGCCGUCACCCUCGUCAAAUCUUGCACAAGGAAACAAUGAUCAGUCCCCGAAUUUCUCAAUGGAUGCCUUCUACGACCCUGGAUGA